GUUUCAGCUAUUGUCCUUCAGAACGACCAGUACAAUAUGAAAUCCCUUCUCAAAUGGUCUCUACUCAUAUUACAAUUAAGCAUUAUAGCCUGCGCCGCUGGAGAAGCAAGUUCGCCCUAUUGUUAUAAUAACAUAACAGAAAUCACGUACAAAUUGGUUACCAAAACUCGCAUCAUAACUGUUAAAUCCAAAGGUUUUUUUAAAAAAUUAACAAACAAAAAAGAAACCCAACUUGAAAUUUAUGAAGAGGAACAACCAGUUCACAAGUUCAAGGUAGAACGUACUUGUUGUGAUGGCUAUAAGUUGACGGAAUUAGAUUUAUGUGAACCACAGUGCGUGGAAAAUGGAUGUCCACAAUUUUCGAAAUGUGUAGAACCCGAAGUGUGUGAGUGUUUAAACGGUUAUUUCUCCAUACGUUCACAACACGAUGGUAAACACUACUGUGAGCCUAUAUGUGAGAAACCAUGCCCGAAAAAUAGUGCUUGUGUGGCUCCAAAUGAGUGCGGAUGUAAGAAAGGCUAUCAUGUAGUGGAAGAACAACAAUGUGAACCCUACUGUAUCUCAGGUUGUCCUUAUGAAGGUAAAUGUGUAGCUCCCAAUGUUUGUGAAUGUCAAGAGGGGUUUAAGUCCGAAAAAGGUUCUUGUUUACCUAUUUGUUCACUUGGAGAUCAAUGUCAAAAUGGUAAAUGUAUCAAUAAAGAACAUUGCGUUUGUAAUUCGGGCUUUGCCUGGAACAAUGAAACAUUUAAAUGUGAACCUGCAGUCGUCGACGAAGAAAAUAUGUAUACAACGGUUAUAAACGCAGAUUUUACAGAAUACCAUCGCUCAGCCGAAUCAUCUUUAGAACUAGAAACUGAUAUAGGCACCUCAAAUGACGACAUUGAUCCAAAUCAAGUAUUUGAUGAAAAUAUUGAAACUACUACCACAUUUUCACUAACAGAUGAGUACGAAUCUUCCACUGCCAAAACUUUGCAAACCAGACACAAAUGUCCCGAUGAUUUUGUCUACCACCAAGGGCAAUGUCGUCCUCUUAAAUUCGUAAGUAACGAAAUUGAUUGUUGGCUUAAGCCUUGUCAAGAUCAAAAUGCUGUUUGUCUAGAAAAUGGUACAUGUGCUUGCAAUGAGGGUUUUAAAUGGUUCAAAACACAUGUUGUUGAUAAUAUUACGUUAAAUCAAAUGAUUAAGGCAAUAUGUCUGUCGGAGUCUGAGUAUGACACGAAAUCACAGCAACUAAAAGAAAGUUUAGAGGAAAAUUCGGUUAAGGAGGCAACAAACUGGACAUCGAUUUUCUUUGUGGUAGUCGGUGUUUUAAUAAUGGUUACAGCUUUAGUUUAUUUGGGACUAAAAGUGAUUUAUCGGCAGAGGGGUGAAAUAGAUGUGGAGGGAAAAACUCUAGCAUGCGCUUAUGAUAAUCACGCAUGCAGUGAAAAUGACAAAUCAGCAAUAUAAAAACUGUAUUUUAAGGUUAAUUAAGUUUAAACUAGGUUAAGAAUGUUAUAACUUUUGUAAAUUAAAUUAAACUAUAACAACAACGA